GUGGCGGUGACUGGCACGAACGCGCAUAGCGGCGGGCUUGACGUCACUGAGGCGCCCUAGCUGUCCAAAGCCACUGGUUUUGCUGGAAAAGAUGGGAAAAUCUGAUAGAUACAUAUCUAGGAAAUAAAGGAAAAUGUCUGAUUUUGUAUCCUUUUUCCACUUGACGCAGGAUUCUAAACAAUGAUUUGACCCUCUUUGGACAGACGAAAAGGUCCCUCUGAGGUAGCAGCUCUUUGACGUGGAUGCACAAAGAUAGAGAGCAGAUGUUGAUGAUGAACAGUGUGUUUUCUGACUCCAGGUAAAGCAGGAGCAGAGAGAAACCUCGGUAUAAGUGUACAGAUCUGUUGCUUAAGACACAGACACACUAGACACUCCCUCCACCGGCCCCAGUCCUUGGUGAAGAUGUAUGGCAGUGCCCGUUCAGUUGGCAGAGGGGAUGCCAACCACAGUGGGGGCAGAGAUGGCGGGAGCAGCGGUAACCAGGGGUCCAGCCGCUCCCCCUGCCUGCCCCGCUCCCCCCGGAUGGGGCACCGGCGCACCAAUAGCACAGGCGGGAGCGGGGGCGGUCCUGGAGGGGCGGGGGGAAAGACCCUCUCCAUGGAAAACAUCCAGUCACUCAACGCUGCUUACGCCACUUCCGGACCCAUGUACCUGAGCGACAACGAGGUCGCCAUGGCCACCGAUCACCUGCCCAAGAACGAUGGGCGGAUGAUGACCACAAUGGGCCGGCAGAGAGUGACGUACGGAGGCAGGCCCGGGGGCGGGGGCGGGGCUGCCAGCACCCCCAAUAUUGCAGCCUCCGUCCCAGGCAAUGCUAUGCUGCCUGGCAGCAUGAUGUCAGGUGACUCCCUGGCGUUUGGGGAUCACCACAUGGCCUCCACUGUGCCCCACUCUCUCAGGCAGGCCCGGGACAACACCAUCCUGGACCUGCAGGCCCAACUCAAAGAGGUUCUGCGUGAGAAUGAGCUGCUGCGGCGUGAGGUGGAGGUGAAGGAGAGCAAGCUGAGCUCCUCCAUGAACUCCAUCAAGACCUUCUGGAGCCCCGAGCUGAAGAAGGAGAGAGCGCUGCGGAAGGACGAGGUCUCCAAGAUCACCGUCUGGAAGGAGCAGUACCGCGUGGUGCAAGACGAAACCCAGCACCUCCAGAUGACAGUGCAGGCUCUGCAGGACGAGCUGAGGAUCCAGAGGGACUUGAACCAGCUGCUGCAGCAGGACCCAGCCCUCCAGGGUCGUGACCUUGCCAUGACCUCCGAACCCACCGAGGAGAACCACCGCCGGCUGCAGGCGGAGCACGAGCGUCAGGCCAAGGAGCUGUUCCUCCUGAGGAGGACCCUGGAGGAGAUGGAGCUGAGGAUCGACACCCAGAAGCAGACCCUGGGUGCCAGGGACGAGUCCAUCAAGAAGCUGCUGGAGAUGCUGCAGAGCAAAGGUCCGUCUGCCAAGGCCUCCGAGGAGGACCAGGAGAGGACGAGGAGACUAGCGGACGCUGAGAUGCACCGUCACCACCUGGAGAGCCUGCUGGAGCAGAGAGACAGAGAGACGGCUGCCCUGAGAGAGGAGCUGCAUCGACGCUACGAAGGAACCCCAGAGUCCAUAAAGACCAAGGCUCUGCAGACCGUCAUCGACAUGAAGGAUGCUAAGCUCAUGUCCAUGGAGCGAGGCCUGAGAGACCUGGAGGAGGAGCUGCUGAAGCUCAAGUCCAGCGGGCUGAGCUGUGAGGAGCGUCAGGAGGAGAUGAAGCAGAUGGAGCUGUACCGCUCACACACUAAGUUCAUGAAGAACAAGAUGGACCAGGUGAAGCAGGAUCUUUCCAGGAAGGAUGCAGAGCUGCUGGGCUUGAGGACCAAGCUGGAGACUCUCACCAACCAGUUCUCUGACAGCAAGCAGCAUAUCGAGGUGCUCAAGGAGUCCCUCACCGCCAAGGAGCAGCGCGCUGCCAUCCUGCAGACGGAGGUGGACGCUCUACGUCUGCGCCUGGAGGAGAAGGAGGCCACGCUCAACAAGAAGACCAAGCAGAUCCAGGAGGUGUCGGAGGAGAAGGGCACUCUGAACGGAGAGAUCCACGACCUCAAGGACAUGCUGGAUGUUAAGGAGCGCAAGGUCAACGUGCUGCAGAAGAAGAUUGAGAACCUCCAGGAGCAGCUGAGAGACAAGGAGAAGCAGAUGAGCAGUCUGAAGGAGAGGGUCAAGUCCCUGCAGACAGACACGUCCAACACCGACACGGCCCUCACCACCCUGGAGGAGGCCCUCGCUGAAAAGGAGAGGAUCAUCGAGCGUCUGAAGGAGCAGAGAGAUCGUGACGACAGGGAGAAGACCGAGGAGACGGAGAGCAACAAGAAGGAGCUGAAGGAGCUGAAGGAGAGAGUCAGCAUUCUGCAGGGAGACCUUUCAGACCGAGAGACCAGUCUGUUGGACCUGAAGGAGCAUGCCUCGUCCCUGGCCUCGUCCAGUCUGAAGAAGGACUCCAAGCUGAAGAGCCUGGAGAUCGCCCUGGAGCAGAAGAGAGAGGAGGGCCAUAAAAUGGAGCACCAGCUGAAGAGGGCUCAGAGCGCAGCACUUGAGGCCCAGGCAAACACAGAGCUGGCUGAACGCAUCAACAACCUUGAACAGGAAGUAGCACGCCACAAAGAGGAUUCUGGGAAAGCCCAGGCUGAGGUGGACCGGCUGUUGGAGAUCUUAAGAGAGAUGGAGAAUGAGAAGAACGACAAGGACAGAAAGAUCAACGAGCUGGAGAGUCAGGCCUCCAGGCAGAGUAAGGACCAGAGUAAGAAGGUGGCAUCCCUCAAGCACAAAGAGCAAGUGGAGAAGAGCCGGAAUGCCCGUCUGGUGGACGAGGCCCGCAAGAGAGAGGACAACAUCUCAGAGAGCUCCCACCAGAUCAAGGAGUCUCUACGUGCCAAGACGGAGCGCAUCGAGGAGCUGGAGGAGGCCCUGAGGGAGAGUGUCCAGAUCACCGCUGAGAGGGAGAUGGUGCUGGCUCAGGAGGAGGCCACCAGGAACCACCAAGAGAAACAGAUGGAGGAGCUGCUAGCAGCCAUGGAGAAGGUGAAGCAGGAGCUGGAGUCCAUGAGGGCCAAGCUGUCGUCCACGCAGCAGUCCCUUUGUGAGAAGGAGGCUCACCUCACCACGCUGCGUGCAGAGCGACGUAAGCACCUGGAGGAGGUGCUAGAGAUGAAACAGGAGGCGCUGUUGGCAGCUAUCAGUGAGAAGGACGCCAACAUCGCCCUGCUGGAGCUGUCGUCCUCCAAGAAGAAGAAGACGCAGGACGAGGUGGCCCUGCUGAAGAGGGAGAAGGACCGGCUGGUGCAGCAGCUCAAACAGCAGACCCAGAACCGUAUGAAGCUCAUGGCCGACAACUAUGAGGACGACCACCUGAAGACCGCCCCUGACCAGACCAAUCACAAACCCUCUCCAGAUCAGAUGAUCCCCCCUCUCCUAGUCCUGUCCCAAAACCGAGGUAAACUGAAGCUCUACAUCGCCCACCUGACCGACCUCUGCCACGACCGUGACCCACACAUCCUCAGCCACCUAGCCCCACCCCCCCACUAUCACCGUAGCAACCCCCCAGGCUGGGAGGAGGAGCUGCAGAAGAUGAGCACUGAGCAGUUGCAGCGGGAGGUGGAGGAGUGCGAGCGGGAGAGCGGCGAGCUGCAGGAGUUUGCCAACGCUGUGCUGCAGCAGAUCGCUGACCUCUGUCCUGACAUCCUGGAGCAGGUGGUAAACGCCCUGGAGGAGUCCUGCUGACACCCCCUCUCAUGACCUUCCUACUCUUAGAACGUCACACCUGAACUCACCUGAAAACCACCAGAAACCACUAUGUCCUGUCCAGGUGAAGCUCACCACAUGUCCGAGGCGAUGCAGGAUCGCGAUGCAGGAUCUCAUGCAGGAUC